AUGUUCCAACCUCGAUUGCUAGCGCCCCUCCGGGCUCUAGAAAGGGGACUUACCAGAGCCCCCACGGCCGCCACCACCGCCAUCCGCAACAACAACACCUCCUCGCUCCUCCGCAACACCUCCUCCAUCCUCUCCGCAACCAGCAACAGCAGCAUAUUAACACAAUCCAAGCUCACCCCGCUAGUAUCCCCAACAUUACACCAAUUCCUCCAAGUCCGACACGCCUCCCACGCCUCCCAAGGAACCGCGAACCGUCACUCCCGCGAUCCGGCCGGAAAGCGUCUCGGCGCGAAACGCACAGCCGGUGAAUACGUCGUCCCCGGAUGCAUCAUCUUCCGGCAACGAGGCACGAAAUGGUUCCCUGGUGAGAACUGCGCCAUGGGCCGCGAUCAUACCAUCUACGCUGCUGAGGCCGGGUAUGUGCGGUACUACCUGGACCCCGAGCGUCAUCCGGAUCGGAAGUACAUUGGAGUUGUGUUUGAGAAGGAUGGGAAGUUGCCGACGCCGAAGAACGCGCCGACUAGGAGGAAGUUGAACCGUGUGGCGGUUCGGUUUGAGCCUGAGGAGGAGGUGGCUGCCAAGCAGGGUGAUUUGGUGGCUAAGAUUGGUGAGGACGGGACGCAGGUUGGCAGUGCUACGAAGGUUGAGGCUGCUCAGGCUGCCGUUCAGUUGCGUCCUGGUUAUAUGUACCGUGAGGCCAACUGGAGUAUUGGUCGUGCUGCGGAGAAGGCUGGCAUUACGGCUAAGCCGUAUAACCGCAAGAACCGCUGGUUGGCGUGGAGGAAGAGGACUGCUAAGGCUGAUCGGUUGGCACAGAUGAAGAGUCUGAAGAAUAAGAAGAAGAAGAAGGGUGGGAAAUAG